UUGGUGCCUGAAAUCUGUGCGUUGCCCCUUUAAUUGUGUCCCCAGCCCUCGGGCGUUUCUGUCCAACGCCCACGUCAGCAAAUACCUUUUGUUUCUCUCACGUUGGGGCUACUUGUUUUAGGGCGCAAAGGAACGGCCUCGAAAGGGGGUCCUUCCCCAGCCGAGAACCAGGAAUCUUCCCCCGGCCCGCGCGCGCGACCGGCCGGUGCGCCGCGGCCCGCGGACAAUCCUCCAGACACAGACUGUUUGACUUAGAAUCUUCUCUUUUUUACUCCAUUCAAGAGCAGCAUUCAUAAAUUUCCAGAAUGGAGAUCUCCUCUCAUCAGUCUCACCUCCUGCAGCAACUGAACGAGCAGCGCAGGCAAGAUGUAUUUUGUGACUGCAGUAUUCUAGUUGAAGGGAAGGUCUUCAAAGCACAUCGAAAUGUAUUAUUUGCUAGUAGCGGCUACUUUAAAAUGCUUCUUUCUCAGAAUUCAAAGGAGACAAGUCAGCCAACCACAGCUACAUUUCAGGCUUUCUCCCCUGACACUUUUACAGUUAUCUUGGACUUCGUAUAUUCUGGCAAACUGUCUCUUACUGGUCAGAAUGUUAUAGAAGUGAUGUCGGCUGCUAGCUUCCUUCAGAUGACUGAUGUCAUAAGUGUAUGUAAGACUUUUAUUAAAUCUUCCUUAGACAUUAGUGAGAAAGAAAAAGAUCGCUAUUUCAGUCUCUCAGAUAAAGAUGCCAAUUCUAAUGGUGUAGAACGUUCCUCUUUUUAUAGUGGUGGCUGGCAAGAAGGAAGCAGUUCUCCACGUUCUCACCUAAGCCCAGAGCAAGGAACAGGUAUAAUAAGUGGAAAAUCUUGGAAUAAGUAUAAUUUUCAUCCAGCCUCCCAGAAGAAUACUCAACAACCCUUGGCCAAGCAUGAACCAAGGAAAGAGUCCAUUAAAAAGACCAAACAUAUGAGAUUGUCACAGCCUUCUGAAGUUACUCAUUAUAAGUCAAGCAAACGAGAAGCACGAACAUCUGAUUCUUCCAGCCAUGUUUCCCAGUCUGAAGAACAAGCACAAAUUGAUGCUGAAAUGGACUCUCCUCCUGUUGGCUAUCAGUACGGUCAAGGAUCUGAUGUCACAUCCAAAAGUUUUCCAGAUGAUCUGCCCCGGAUGCGAUUCAAGUGCCCGUACUGCACACAUGUGGUGAAGCGGAAGGCAGACCUAAAGCGCCACCUUCGCUGUCAUACAGGAGAAAGGCCCUAUCCAUGUCAAGCCUGCGGAAAAAGAUUUAGCAGACUAGACCAUCUAAGUAGCCAUUUUCGAACAAUGGAGAUAAGGAUUCCAGAUGGCACUUGAGUGAAGAUGAGAAUAGAUCCUAUGUGGAGAUUGUAGAAGAUGGGUCUGCUGAUCUGGUCAUCCAACAGGUUGAUGAUAGUGAAGAAGAAGAAGAAAAAGAAAUUAAGCCCAACAUUAGGUAGCUGUAAUGUGAACCAACAGAGCUGGCAUGUCUGCAAUUUACAUUGACUUCCUGUAUCUCUCUCUUUCUGUGGUCGGAGUCUAGUUAACAAAUUUAUCAUACUGACUUUAAAGAAAUGAUCUGAUAUAACUUGCAUGCUUUCUGAACAGGCCAUUGUAUCCAUUCUGAACUUUGUUGCCCUAAAAUGUGUUGCUGCACUGAAAAGAAAGAACUAGCUUGAGUUGGCAUGAUGGAUGAACAAUUAUCCUCUUACUUUCAUUACAAUCCUCUUACUUUAUUACAGAGAUACCCUUUUUCUUUUAAUAUUGGAAGAUCUACUUAGCAAACUUUUUUCAAAGAAAAUACUUUAAAUAAAUUCGUCACAUCCAAACUUUAAGAUAAUUUCAAGGUGUUUCAAAAACACAUAUACAACCAAUGUUUAAUUUCACAGGAAACCAGUUAAGAGCACAUUUAAGGAUCUGGCAACCCACCUGACUAGACAAAUUAGUCUUUGUAUUAACUUGAGAUCUGAAACAAUCUGUCAUUACUCUGAUAUCCUGAACGUUUAAGGAUUAUGGAAGAAGACUAAAAUGUUUGAAAUCAUUCAUAUUUGACAUUUUUAUCAUUAGGUUAAAAGUACUCUCAGUAUUGUUAAAAACAAAACAAACAAACAACAAAAAAAAUGAAAGUAGAGGCUGACCAAAGAUUAAAUGCAGAUAUUUUCUUAAAGCAGGAAACUAAUGUUGCCUAAAAGUCAAGGCAGUUUGUGAAGACGAUCUGUCAAUAUGGUUAUCCAUCUCUCUAAAGAAAAACAGGCCAGGCGCGGUGGCUCACGCCUAUAAUCCCAAUACUUUGAGAGGCCAAGGCAGGCGUAUCACCUGAGGUCAGGAGUUUAAAACCAGCCUGGCCAACAUGGUGAAACCUCAUCUCUACUAAAAAA